AAGAGGAAGAAUAAAAUGAAGAAGAUACAAGCAUCCCCAAAGAAAAUCAAAUAUGAGAAUCCUAGAGAUGUACAACUGUUUUCUAAAACAGUUUCAGCAAUGUUGGAGGGUAAACCGGCACCCAAAGUUGACUUUCCAAUCAAUGUUUUUGGGAUGAAAUUUCAAACUUUCCUCUUGACAAGUGAAAUGAAUGAUGUAAUUUCUGCAAAAGAGUUGACUAUGAAUUGCAUAUGUUUCUAUAUUUGGCGGUUGCAUGAACAUCUGGAUGAGACACUACAGGAGAAAAUUAUAUUUAUUCAUCCAGGAAUGGUGUCCAAGGCUGGAACAAUAGCCCCACAAAUUGAAAAAAGAGCAAGGUUCAUUGCUGAUCGCCUAAUUGACUCUAAAUUGGCAGACUUGGUUUUUCUUCCAUAUAACCCAAGGUUUCAUUGGGUUUUGGCUGUAAUUGACCUCAAAUCACAAAUAGUCUACUAUUUAGACUCGCAAUUGCAACAGCUAUACCAAGAUAUAAAAGAUAUUGUGAACAUGGGGUUUCGAAUUUUUGUAUCUCAAAAGAAGAAAGGAUCUAAAAAAGAGCUCAAGUGGAUGGUUGUUGAGGGGCCCAAACAGUUGGAUGGUGUCAUGUGCGGAUAUUUUGUCAUGCGAUACAUGCGAGACAUAAUUGCAAAUAGAAGUCUCUUAACAUCUCAGGUUUAUCUGCCUAUGUAUUUUCAUAAGUACAUGAGAACUUAUACAUAUAUUUAAUGUUUCACAAUAACAUAUUUUCUCUUGUCAUAUAUUUUAGUUUGAAGGAAAAAAACCUAUUCACGAGCUGAGUUAGAUGAAGUGAGAUCUGAAUGGGUCUCAUUUUUGAGCACUCUUAUCUUAGACCAAGUAUAGUGGGUAUGUUAAUUUAUAAUUUUUUAAUAAAAUUUCAGACAUAAAUUUCAAUUAAUGUUGCAUCUUUUCUCUUUGCAAGGUUUCGGGUGACAUUUGCAGUUGUUGCAAUUUUGAGAUGACAAGAUCAUAUGUAAGAUCUUAUUGUCAUGCAUAGAUGCUGAAGUUUUGGAUACUUUUGGGUUCAUAGAAAUGUUAUCCAACAUAAAGGAAAGUGCCACUCUUCCUCUCCAUUGAAAUGGUGUUCACCAUGGAAGGAAAUCUCCUCUCAUCAAUUAGUUUUUGGUUUGCCAAUGCCAUAACAAGUUAAGGUUAGCUCUUUGCUAGUGAUUAAAUUUGAGAUUUCAAAAUUUUCAAAGAUCGUAUCAACCUGAAUUUGGUUUAGGAGUUGAAUGUCUUAGUCCUACAUGGUAUGCAUUUUAAAUAACACAUCUUGUCUUUCAUUUCACAUCCAUGGAUUUGAGGUUGUAAACAUGUUAUCAAAAUCUAAAGCUGCAGUCCUAGAAGUUGUCCCAAACAACAAAGGGCACUCACAACCAAGUUAGGUGACAUUUGCAGUGCUGCAGUUUUUAGAGGAGAAGAUCACGCAUAAAUUUUUGUUAUCAUGUACAGCUACUUGAUAUUUGGUUAUUUUUGGAAGAUUUGGUGGCAUUUGCAGCAAUUACAGCACUUUUGAAGGCACAAGAUCAUGGCUACAUUAUAUUUAUCAUGUAUAACUAUUGGAUUUUUGGGUACAUAUUUGCCUUUUUUUGGAUGUAUGUGAGAUAAUAUAAGAUUAUGCAAGGAUAUUAAGGUUUUUUUUUUUUUUUGUCAAUAUAUUUGCCUACAUGUUCAUAUUUUUUUUAAA